GACUUUCUGUCCAAUGGGACGCACCUGGCUCGCCCGGGAGGCGUUGGCGCUCGGGAUUUAGCGGGGAAUCUCGGAGGGGGCAAGGAUGGCUUCUUUGGACCCCGACACCCCACGUUCUUGUGACUGCUUUAUCUCAAUGCCCCCGGCCUCGGCCAUCCCAGCCGUAAUCUUUGCCAAGAACUCGGAUCGACCUCGGGACGAAGUGCAAGAGGUGGUGUUUGUACCAGCGGGCACUCACACCCCAGGGAGCCGGCUCCAGUGCACCUACAUUGAGGUGGAGCAGGUGUGCAAGACCCACGCUGUCAUCCUGAGCCGCCCCUCUUGGCUGUGGGGGGCUGAGAUGGGCGCCAAUGAGUAUGGUGUCUGCAUUGGCAAUGAGGCUGUGUGGACCAAGGAGCCCGUUGGGGAGAAGGAAGCCCUGUUGGGCAUGGAUCUACUCAGGUUGGCUCUAGAACGGAGCAGCUCAGCUCAGGAGGCUGUGCAAGUGAUCACAGACUUGCUGGAACACUACGGGCAGGGGGGCAGUUGCUGGGAGGACCCCAAGAUGUUCUGCUACCACAACACUUUCCUGCUGGCUGACCGGACAGAAGCAUGGGUGCUGGAGACUGCAGGGAGGCUGUGGGCUGCACAGAGGAUUCAGGAGGGAGUCCGAAACAUUUCCAACCAGCUGAGCAUUGGCUCGGACAUCUCAGCAGAACACCCUCAGCUUCGAAGCCAUGCCCAGGCCCAGGGCUGGUGGGAUGGGCAGGGGGCCUUUAACUUUGCGCAGGUCUUCUCCUUGGCUCAGCAGCCCGUGCGCAUGGAGGCUGCCAAGGCCCGAUUCCAGGCUGGGCGGGAGCUGCUGCAGCAACACCAAGCAGGGAGCAUCACAGCAGAGGUGAUGAUGGACAUCCUCAGGAACAAGGAGUCUGGCAUCUGCAUGGACUCAGGAGGCUUCCGCACCACAGGCAGUAUGGUGUCCAUCCUGCCCCGGGACCCCGCACAGCCCUGCAUCCAUUUCCUCACUGCCACACCAGACCCGGCCAGGUCAGUGUUCAAACCUUUUGUUUUUGGGAUGGGGGCAACACAGGCCCCCCAGGUGCUGUCCCCCACUUUUGGAGCACAGGAUCCUGUGCGGACCCUACCCAGGUUCCAGACUCAGGUAGAUCGCCAGCACACCCUCUACCGUGGACACCAGCUGGCCCUGGCGCUGAUGGAGAGCGAGCAGGAGCGGGGAAAGCAGCUCCAGCAGGAGCAGCAGAAGCUGGAGCAGGAAGGCCUGGAGGCUGUUCAGAGGCUGCUGACUGGAGAAUGGACCCCACAUCUCCAGGAGCUGAGUGGCCUCUUCCAGGUCUUUGUGGAGCGGGAGAGCCAGGCCUAUGCCUGAAUGCAGGGCUCCUUCUGGCCUGUGCUGGGAGCAAGUGCAGGGCAGGGGGACCCAGGGCAAUCCCAUCUGCCCCCUCAGCUUGGCCUUUGUCUUAAUAAACAUGCUCUGUUUCCUCUCCAAUGAA